AUGUCUUCAUUAGCAAAAGAACUAUUUGUGGAUCCUUACAAGAGAUUAAAGUGGGGGCUCAUACCUGUAAAGAGACAUGUCGAUGAGAUCAAGGAAGAAGAUGUGGCUUCAAGUACAUCCUCUGGAGUAGCUACUCAUAUCGCUAAGGAAUCUAUCGAACAAUCAUCGUCGAUUAUAGAGUUAGAUAAAAAACAAGAACAAAAGAUAAUUCAAGAAGAAAAAACUGAUGAUGAUGUGGAAUACGAAUAUAGAGAUGAAGCAAACAGAAAGUGGUGGCAAUUCUUCAAUGAACAAGAAUAUCGUUUAAAUAAGCAGCAAAAAUCUCAAAACAAAUGGUACAGUUGGUUUAACCCUGGCACCUCUUCAGCUGAAAAAAAAUUGCUAUUGAAAUUAGACGUCUUACUGGCGUUUUAUUCGUGUAUUGCCUAUUGGGUUAAAUACUUGGACACAGUUAAUCUUAACAAUGCAUAUGUUUCCGGUAUGAAGGAAGAAUUGAAUUUUAAAGGAAAUGAUUUAGUUCAUACUCAAGUUAUGUAUACUGUGGGGAACAUUAUUUUCCAAUUGCCAUUCUUAUUUUAUUUGAAUAAAAUUCCAUUAAACUAUCUUUUGCCAGGACUUGAUAUGGCAUGGUCGUUGUUAACCAUCGGUGCUGCAUAUGUCAACAGUGUUCCUCAUUUAAAAGCUAUUAGAUUCUUUAUUGGUGGGUUUGAAGCCCCCAGUUAUUUGGCUUAUCAAUAUCUUUUUGGGUGUUUCUACAAGCAUGAUGAAAUGGUCCGUCGUUCCGCUUUCUAUUAUCUAGGUCAAUACGUUGGUAUUUUAUCUUCCGGUGGUAUUCAAUCAGCUGUUUACUCAAACCUAGAUGGUCGUAAUGGACUUUCUGGUUGGAGAUGGAGUUUCAUUAUCGAUGCAAUUAUCUCUGUCUUCGUUGGUAUUUUAGGUUUUUAUGUUCUACCAGGUGAUCCAGAUAAUUGUUACUCUAUCUUUUUAACUGAUGAUGAAAUUAGAUUGGCCAGAAAGAGAAUUAGUAAAAAUCAAACUGCUGGAGCUAAUUUCUCCUCCAAAGUGUUUGAUUUUAAGACUUGGAAAAAUAUACUCUGUGACUGGAAAAUCUACGUCUUGUCUCUUUGGAAUAUCUUCUGUUGGAAUAACAAUAACGUGUCAUCUGGUGCUUACUUACUAUGGUUAAAAUCAUUAAAGAGAUAUUCUAUUCCAAGAGUCAACGAUUUAUCUAUGAUUACUCCUGGGUUAGGUAUGAUCUAUUUGGCAGUUACUGGUGUCAUUGCUGAUAAGUCACAUUGUCGUUGGUUUGCAAUUGUUGGUACUCAAGUAUUCAAUUUUAUUGGUAAUGUUAUCCUUGCUGCCUGGAAUGUCACUGAAAGCGCCAAAUGGUUUGCCUUUAUGUUGCAAUGUAUGGGAUGGGCAAUGGCCCCAGUUCUUUAUUCUUGGCAAAACGAUAUUUGUCGUAGAAACUCUGAAGAAAGAUCAAUUAUCUUAGUGACUAUGAAUAUUAUGGCCCAGACAUCUACUGCUUGGUUAAGUGUUUUAGUUUGGAAAACUGAGGAAGCCCCAAGAUAUUUGAAGGGUUUCACUUUUACAGCCUGUUGUGCAUUCUGUCUAUCAGCUUGGACUUUUGUUGUCUUGUAUUUCUACAAACGUGAUGAAAGAAGGCAUGCUAAGGAUAAUGGUAUUAUUGUCUAUAAUUCUGCACUAGGAGAAACCAAGGAAAGUCCAAUUAUAGAGAAUUGCUAA